AAUAAACUGAACCCCAGAAUAUGUUUGAAAUUUAUCUGAAGAAAAUUUGAAAUAAAACAUCACAUUAUCUUAUAGUUCAGACAUAGUGACCGCCUAAGAAAGUUAACAGGUCGUGAAGUGCUUGCUAUUCAUAAAUUAAAAUUAACGUAACAAAUAAAUUAGAAAUUAGAUUCACGUAAAAGUACAUGCCGAUAAAAAAAUUGCGUACUCUCUGGAUUCCUCAUAAGCGUUACGUUGGAUUAUAUCACACGCAUCGUGUUUUGCUUACGACGUUGACAUGGCCGAAGAACCCCAGGCGAUACAAGUAAUCAGGCUGAUCCUAGAGACGAUAUGGACUUUACUGAAAGUUAACUGCGAGCUGAUUAGGGUUUUCAUCACUUGGAUCCUGGCUCCAGAACCUAAAGACAUUUCUGAAGAUAUUGUUCUUAUAACUGGUGCUGGUCAUGGCAUGGGACGAGAGAUGGCGGUGCGGUUCGCUCGUCUCGGAGCCAAAGUGGUUUGCGUGGAUAUCAACCCUAAAGGGAACGAGGAGACGGUGAAUUUGAUCCGGGAAAAUAAGGGAAAGGCUUUUAAAUAUGAGUGUGACGUCACGAAUCGCCCCGCAGUGUUCCUGCUGGCAGAAAAGGUUAAAAACGAAGUCGGAGAGGUAACAAUCUUGGUGAACAAUGCUGGCAUAAUGCCUUGCAAGCCAAUACUAAAGCACUCCGAACUAGAUAUCAGGAGCAUGAUGGACAUAAACGUUCACGGGAAUUUGUGGAUGAUCCAAGCCUUCCUACCCUCUAUGUUGGAAAAUAACCACGGUCACAUUGUAGCCAUGUCUUCAAUGGCAGGUAAAAUGGGCUUGAGGAACAUCGUACCUUACUGCGGUAGUAAAUACGCUGUAAGAGGCAUAAUGGAAGCCCUGGCGGCUGAGCUGCACGAGGAUCCAAGAAACACCAGCGGGAUCAAACUAACAACAGUGUGCCCGUACAUAGUGAACACGGGUCUGUGUCACAAUCCUCGUAUCAGAUUCCCUUCGCUGAUGAAGGUGGUAGAGCCUGGAGAGGCGGCCGAUCAGAUCGUGGACGCCGUCAGACGCAACUACCACGAGAUUACUGUGCCCAGCGACCUGUACUAUACUAAUAAGAUAUACAACCUGUUGCCGAUCAGCGCUGCACGGAUGAUGACUGAUUUUCUGGGAACUGGCUUAGAUCCAAACUGAUUUAAAGCUUAGAUUUAAAAAAAAAAAGAUGCUUAGAGAAUUUUAUUUUCUGUUUUGUUUAAGAUAUUAUGAGACAUUUAAAUAAAAUGCUUUCGUAUAAAA